UUUACUUUCGUUCGCCGCGAACGGUAAUAUUUGUAGAAAUCUUAAACAUUUGCGAUAUACAUAUAUAUACAUACAUAUAUACCAUUCGCAUCGAACGCUUUUAUUUAAAACGCAUUAGGGAUAUUAUAGGCGUUUUACUAAACAAAAGUAAAAUUGCAGUAUCAGUUCUAGCGAUAUACUAAUGUUUUUGAAGUAAAAACUAUUUUGUGAAAAAUAGUGUUCGCACAAGCCUGCAAAGUUUUUAAUUAAAAAAACAUCCGUGUUUUUCAAUUUUAAACGGAUUGUUUGAAUAAGUGGGAGCCUCAAUUAAUUUAAAAGCAAAUUAUUGGUUGAUAGGACAUCUCUUACUCAUAAUUUCUUGAUUUGAGUUUGUGGUUGUGAGGUUAAGCGUUUUAUUAGUAUUUACUUGUUUUAAUUACAUUUCGAACAUAAAAAAGUACGCUCACUACAAAUCACGUAAAUUUAUAACGCACAUAUCCAGCCGUCCGUCGAUUAGUGAUACCUUUAUAAAUAAACAAGAAGUGUGGAAUUAAAAGUAGACUGUAUAUCAAGCGCCCAAAAGCACACACACAUAAACUAAAAUCCAACAAGAUGACCUCGACUCCACCAAAAACGGGCGAAGAUUUGCUUGGCGAAUCUUGGAUUGAGCUGAGCAGUGCCGCUACAAUGGCUGGCGUGAAGAGCCCCGACAGAAUCACACCAUUGCCUUUCGCAAGUGGCGAGGAAUAUUUACGUUUGCUGCGUGAGGCGCAACGCGAAUCAAAUCAAUCCAGUCGUGUUGUCUCCCUAGCCAGUUCGCGACGUGAUACACCCAGGGAUAGCCCGAAAUCACCACCCAACAGCCCGAAUACCGAACUCACACCUGACGAAGAUCUCAAAAAUGUUUACAUAAAUUAUUGGAGCAAGGAUGGCGAUAGUCACAAAGACACCGAUUGGCUGGAUGAAUGGAAUAGCCGACCGGAUCAACAACCACCAAAAGAUUGGAAAUUCGAACAUCCACAAAAGAAAAAGAGCUCAGGUUAUUCCAUACGUUUGACUCGCGUUGGCAAGAACUCGCUCUUUUCCAGAGAAAUACUAUACUCGCUCAUUCUUUCAAAUGUACUAUCCUUGCUAUUGGGCGCUGGACUGGGCUUGUGGCUGAGCAAACGUGGCAUCCUCUUGACCCGAGUCGUCAUUGACUGAACUGAAUGUUAAAGAAAAGUGAUUUAUAUACAUAUUAUUCUAAUUUUAUAAUUUUAAACGGAGCGAAAUGCAAAAGCAAAAAAGGAGCGAAAACAAAAAAUACAUAAGCAACAUAUAAAUAUUUUCAAUAAAUACAAAAUUGAAGAAUUAAAAUAAAUACGAGAUGUAAUGCAAAAAUGUUAAGGAGCUAACAUACGAAGAAGAAUUAAAAAUAUUUUCAUACCAACAAAACAAAAAAGAUGAAUUAAAAAAAACAGUGGAGAUAUUUAUAGCAAAGUAUAGGAGUAAUGCACAUCUGACUUGGCGUUAAGAAGAUAAGCAAAUCAUUUUUAAUUUUUUCAAUUUUUAUUUGUGUAUUCCAUAAAAACAAUUUUCAUAAACCAAUACUAACGUGUACUGAACGCAUGGCAGUAUGUAUUUGUAAGUUGUGCGACAGCUAUGAUAAUCAUUGCAGAUGAUGAAAGCGAAUUACAUUUUAUAUUGCAAUGUUAUUGUAAAUUAAUUUAAUUGUAAUUGCACAUAUGUAAAUACAUGCAUAUGUGCACGAUGGAAAAUACUAGAAAAAUUAACGUUGUGUGAUUUGAUUUAAUUGCUUGUCAUUUGACAGCUAAUCAGCUGUUGAAUUUAAAAAUAAGCUUGUAAAAGUAUUUUACAAAUCACACAUGCGGAACAAAUCGUUGUAUAUCAAAAGAAUACAAAAUAUAAGUAUAUACAAAACUAUUUAAAAUGUACUAACUGAUCGAAACGUGCGACACAAGAGUGGGCUCAGGUCUUUUAUUAUUACAUAUAUUAUACCGAAUUUUUCAAACUUAAAAUGCGAUUUAUUAUUCUUACGAAAGUGCUUUGUAUUUGAACUUUUUUACAACAUUUAUUAUUAAAUAAAUAUAUCUAAACUA